UUUCUCCGCCGGGUGCCCGACACACUCUUUUUGUUUUGUUUACUCCCGGCCUAGCACGGAUUUUUUUUUACUCCGCGUGCAAGCAUUUGAUUUCCUAACUUGCCCCGAGCAGUACAGAAGGUGGGCCAUAAGGUCCGAAGACAGUGGACACUGAUCUGAUUUUUAUCAGAAAUAAUCACCUUGGAUAAAAUGUCUUUGAUUUUACCAAUUUCGACAGAGGUAAGACGUUUGGUGCAACUUUUGUUAAAAUCGUCUUUUUGGUGAGUGUUUAUUUUUCAAAAGUGGAGAAAAACAUUGAAGAUUAAAUUUCUUUGGAUUCGUUUUUUUAAUGAAGAAAACCAAUUUUAAAUAUUGUAGCAUAAUAUUGAAAGUCUGCCGUUGAAAAAAUAUUCACAUCAAUUGGGUACUGCUACAAAUAAUUAAAAGAAAACCGAUUAGAUGAACGCAUUUUCAAUGGAGGAUCUCAAUGCAAGUUCUUUUUAACAUUUGUGUCAAAUAGCCGAUUUCUGCUAAUAUUCAAGUUUGUUAUCCGAGGAACUUUGAUAUCACAGCAGCAGAGGACUUAUUGUACUUUUACAUUCAACGCACUAUAGUUGCCAUUUAUUGCAUGGAAUCAAUUAAAGUGAAAUCUGAUUCUCGAUAAUUACCAAAUAUUACCAGCGAAAAACAUCUAUCAGGGGAAGAUAAGGUGUUCCCGUUGCGCCAACUUGUUGCAGAUCUCGUUCCGCGGGCUAUCCCCCUUGCUCCUGGUCGAUCUUUUCUUCAGACGAUUCCCGGCAUCCUCCAUGUCGGGUUGAGACCUGCACAGAUCCCACAUUGGCCGAGGUGCACCCUGCUGGAGAAUCGGGGGACGAAGCCCCCCGGGACACGUGGGAGAUGCUGAUGGCCCAGUUGCAACAUCAGUCGGACAUGGUCAUCUCUAGGAAAGGGAUGGAAGGGGAGGGGAUGACGCCCUUCUCGCCAACUCAGGCCAUCGCGGCCAAAACGGGCAUCAGCCGCUCGCAGUUCUCUUUGCCCUAUGACGCUGAGGAGCGACGUGAUCUGGUGAGCGGACACGCUGCCAGCCUCGGACCCAUCACGAGUAUCGGCUCAGUGGGCUCCACAGCAACAUUCAGCAGCACACCGCGGCUCACGCACACUCCCACUUCUGCAGACUUCCAACCUCCUUACUUUCCACCACCUUACAACCACCUUCCACAGCAGCAGCUCGACUUCCACGACCCAUAUGCCCACCUCAACAGCCUCGCUGCUCCUCAGCACCAGUACCACCAACUGCACCCCUCCCAACCGCAACAGAGGUCACACAAUGUGGUUCGCAGGCCGAACGAUGAUGAUACUCAUCCUCUGCACCCUUUGCAGACGACGGCCAUGCACCCUGGGCUGGGCUAUGCGGACUCGGUUCGCAGCAGGGCGGACCCUGCAUAUUCAGCGGUCAGAAGGCCCGAUGUUUUGGUACACGGGGGACACCAUGGCCUCAGUGAGCAAGAUUUGCUUAACCUCCACAAUGCGACGCUACCCUCCAUUGACGAUGGACAGGGUGGAAGCGUCGAGGAUGCUAAUAGUUUAUUUCCUGGGGAUCAUAAUAGUGUUAUAAGAAAAGCUGCUGAAUGGAAUUACGGACGUAUGUGGGAAACACAGUGUAGGGGCAUCAAACCGAGGAACAGUGACAAUCAUAAAGAAAUGGUCAUCACAGGCGUGACAUCUCCCACCGAUGUGUUCUGCUCCGUGCCGGGACGCCUCUCGCUCCUCAGCUCCACCUCCAAGUACAAGGUCACCGUGGGAGAAGUCCAGAGGAGGUUGUCGCCACCAGAAUGCCUCAACGCCUCGCUGCUCGGGGGAGUCCUCAGGAGAGCAAAGUCUAAAAAUGGUGGACGGUCCCUGAGGGAGAAACUGGAGAAAAUCGGCCUCAACCUACCUGCAGGCAGGCGGAAAGCGGCUAACGUCACCCUCCUCACCUCACUGGUGGAAGGCGAAGCAAUCCACCUCGCCCGUGACUUUGGCUACGUCUGCGAAACCGAGUUUCCCUCCCGCCAAGUUGGCGAAUUCCUGUGCCGAAAUCACAGCGAUCCAAGUGAACUCUACCGGAGGAAGGAACUCCUAAUAGCCACAAAACAAAUUAUGAAAGAGUUCGUGGAUCUCUUGAACCAAGAUCGUUCUCCAUUAUGCAACACAAGGCCUCAGGCCAUUCUAGAACCGAACAUUCAACGCCAUUUGACGCACUUUUCUCUCAUAACGCACGGUUUCGGCAGUCCGGCCAUAGUCGCUGCCUUGACCGCUGUCCAAAACUUCAUGAAUGAAUCCCUUAAGUACCUCGAAAAGCAACUGAAUAACUACCAGACAUCGGGAUCAACACACGUUCCCGGUGUGGACACUAAAAAAGAGGACCAGAAGAAAUGACACUGAAUGGAACGCUUUCCGAGGAACUCGAAAAAAAAUCAAAGAACUACUGUCACCGAGUCUUCAACUAGUCUUCCCAGAAGACUUGGUUCAAUAUCCAUAGAAUUUUGAGGGACAAGACCACCGUGGUGCGCAACCACCACCAAACCGUCCCAAAAUAUGAGAUGAGCCAUGUGUAAAGAGAUGCUUGAGUGCAAAUUCAUACUGAGACAUGAUCAUUAUAGAGGAUAAUCUCCAUUUAGUCGAGACAGAGCGUUAUGUGAAGUAUAAGAUCCAGGGACAAAAUCAUAGUGGUUAAUGACCUUCGCUAGCCAUCCCAGUGGGUACGUCGCAUUCAAAGAAAUUUGAAAUUGUAUAUAACGGACGUUGAUGAAAUCUUGGACAUGAUGAGAUAUAUUAAUAAUAUGGACAAACGUGGAAAUCCUGUUGACCAGGACUGGUUUUUUGAUGCUAAAAUAGAAUUCAUUGACUAUCUAGAGACUGAUAUGAAAAGAUGCGAUAGUCCUCCUGUUUGAAGCAUCGCAGUUUAUUUCCUUAUACAUUUAUUAAACUUCAGUGGCCAAAACCUCUACUGACGACAUCAAGUUCUGCUGAUUCAGUGAGGCAGAACGUUGCUCACUUGUUGUCUGUAGUGGCAAAUGCAGUUAGAAAUAGAUUAUUUUAGAAAGACUUAUAUUUACUGUUUCUUCCUUUUUUUUUUUUUUUUACUUUUAUGUUUGAUUUGAUUGUUUGUACAACGGUAUUUUUGAGUAUGGGCUUGUACAGUAUACAGACUUGCGGAUUUUACUUCCCUUUUUGAAUGUUGCUCAUUUUUUUUGUUUUUGUUUUGUGAAAAUGGCAUUCCAUAAAGUGAAGUGUUUUUAUUUAAUUUAUUUGCUGUAAGGGAAUUUGUAUAUUUAUGUUUGAACCCCUUAGUCAUUUGCAUUGCUUUGAUAUAUAGAAUUAAAAAAAAAAUCCUACUUGCAUAUGAUUAUUUUUAACUUUUAAAAUCUGGAAAUACGCAUUGAUAAUAAUUAUCUGAAAUACUCAAUUUUAACGGCAUUGAAAUACAUCAAAUAAGCUUUUUUCUUGUCUUAGGGAAGUUAAAAAUGCUAAGCUUCUCUAUAAAUGUGUAAGAAAACAUUAAAUAGCAGUUCCAUUUUAUAAUUUGAAUGGUUAAUUAUGAAGAAUAAAAUUACUUAAUUUUCUCACUUGUUAUUUGUGACAAUUUCGGUUUCCCUUCCACAGAUCAAUUUUGAAAUCCAACAACUAUUUAGUUAAUAAGUGGAACACUAAACACUACGCAUCAAAAUUAAGCAAAAAGUAUUUUUUUAAUGCUGAAUCAAUAUAAGAAAUACACUGAAAUUUUAUAAAAACUGCUUUUAAUUAUUUAAAUGAGCGACAUACGCGCACCUAUGUUUAAAAUAUAUAAUGAACUUGAAAUGGAAAUUCGAAUCUUUGAAUAUUAUUCAGAGUUGGAUAUCAUCUGAUGACACUUUGGAAAUCAAAUUUUUCCAAACAUAUCAAUAAUGAUUCACUCGUAUCUGAUUAUGUAUUUUGAAGAGAGAUCGAAAAGUUCCAACCCCUCAUUUUCUCCCAUUUAUGUGUACUGAAAGGAGGGGAAGCGUGAACAUCCCGCCUUUCUCUUUAAGCAGACGAUAACAAGUUUUGAAAGUUAAAUAGACACUUUGGAGUGAUAGUUUUAUUUAUUUAUUAUUUAAUACUUCAAAAUUUUUUUUUCAAUCUCUGCAAAUGAUUCAGGUGGUUUUAAUAACUGUGCUCAUUACUGAUUAUGAUUUUCUCAGGUAUAAUCAUUUCUGAACAAAUGAAGCUUGUGAAGACAGUAGAACAUUCGAUUUUGUGUUGCUUACUUUACAAACAUUAAAAACUACUUGUUUUUUAUCUCCAGCUUAUCCUCUUCCUAUUUAUGUUGAUUCUUUAGAUGGAAGAUUCUCCCUCAAGUAAUGGAUUGGUAUCGAAGUAUUAAAAAAAAUCUUCAUUAGAAAUCAGGCUUUACAAUUAAAAAUCAAUACAAUUAUUAGUAAUUAUUAUUGUUCACAAUUGCGAAGAAUUCAAUUUUAAUUUUGUUAAAUUCAUAUAUACGAAAAUUAGGAGUCAAUGGGAAGGAUAUUUUUUUAUAUUACGUAUGAAAUGCACUGAGGAAUUUUUUAUAACGUUUUGAAUGCACAGAGGAAAAGGAAUUCCAUUUUAUAAAAGCAUUCUCAAUUGUUCUGAUUUCCAGCAUGUGCGAUUUGGUAUCAAGACAGAAUUUAAUACAAUGUAGAAAAUUCCACCUUACUAUUAAUCUUAACCAGAAUAAAUUCAUUAGCACUCUUUUAAUAGGGAAUAAAAAGUAGAUUUUAAAUUUUUUUUAAUUAUUGUUUAAUGCUUUCAUCUUUAAUUUAUAAUUUAAUAUUAUAAAUAUCAUAGAUUCUUGAGGUUAGUCCUUUUUCUCAAAUUCUUAAUCAAGUGGUAUCAUAUAUAUCGAACUAAAAUUAAAUGAAAUGAAACGAUUAAUUGGCAAUUAAGUCUAAUACAUAUUUUAGUAAAACAUCGCAAUUGGUAAAACAAGCGUGCAAAAUUUUUGAAAUUGAAAGUAGGAGUGAAAAGUAAAUAGCAAUACUCCAUCUUUGUAAAAGUGAAAGUGCAUAAAAACAAGAUGUUAAAGGGAUGAAGUAAUAUAUCUAUCUGUAAGAGAUAAUGUAACAAAUUAAAUGGCACAAAAAUAGCACCGAUUUAAUUCAUUUAUUAUAAAAUCUGGCAGUUCCGUUGUAGGCUUUCUUUCUUUCCUUCUCGAUCGAAUCAUGCCUUAGACUAGCAAACACAGAGACGUGUGAAUCACUCUCAUUCUUCCUUCCCUGUCCUUGCACAGCAAUUGUAACUUCACCACAAAGAAACCAAUCACUUCAUGCGCUUUGUGUCAUAUGCGAAUAUGAUAACCAGGAAAAUAAUAAGAGAAAAUUCUCCACUAUAUAAUUUGAAGUGAAAACGAAGAUUAGUUAAGUAUUCCUUAUAAAAUUACCUAAUAAUUGUUAUUAUAUAAAUAUACGAAAACACUUGUGUCUCAAGGGGAGGGGAUCGAGUUUUAAAAAAUUUCGUUUUUUGAAAUAAGAAGAAAAUGUUUUAUGUUAAAAAGCGUGUCAUAACAUACAUAUCUUGAAUCCUUUUAUCGCACUUGUUUAUGCGCACGCAGCAUUCCUGACAAACGGAAUUUUUACAAGCGAUAUAUUUAGCGCAACGGAAGGGGAAAAUUAGGAAAUGUAUUUUUUAACAUGAAGAAAAAAAAGAAUAAAAGUAUUCUAAAGAAAAAACAAGUCCAAUUUUUUUUCAAUUAAAAAUCACUCAUCUUAUUAAUAAAUUGGAUUAUAACUAAUAAAGUGGAAACUGCACACAAUUAGAUUUCAUGAAAACGAGAAAAGAUUUACUGUAAGUUAAUUGUUAAAUAUAGAAUGAAAGAAUCCAAGCCAGAUUCGAGUUCGGUCAUUUAGUAAAAACCAUCUUAGUAAAAAAGUACCAAAUAUAAAGAUUAAACAGGUAAAAAUGAAUGAGUUGACAUGACUUGGAAAAACUUUUCUUUCCAAAAUCUUCAUAAUCACAAAAAAAAAAAAAAAGGAUUCAUUAACGCCUUAGCUAUGGUAUAUAGACAAUGGAGAAAGGAAAACCCAUUUAAGGUGUAAUAACCUUAUAUAGCUUGCUGUGCAUGGAGAUUGCAUUGAAAGGAUUUUUUUUUUUUUUUGUAAAAUAAUUUAUUGUCUUUAAGAUGAGUAAAAUCUUUUUGUGCCAAAUAUAUUCAUAUGCAAUAGAAUGUUACUAUUUGAGGAAAUAUAUCGUUUGGAAUUAAUAACAUUAUAACAUAUGGUAAAUUCAUCAACAUUUAAUUUCCUCAAAAAGUAAUAUUCGGCAAGUCUAGAAAUUUUUGAAUUUCUAAAAAAAUUAAUUUUAGUAAUUUUAUAAUACGAAAUCACUAGAUUUUCUAAGGGAAAAAUAAAAAUUGUAAAUGUUUAUUUCAUAAAAUUUUAUUUUAAAUUCGAAAAAUAUCACAUCUUCAUAUUUAUUCAAAUGACACUCCGGAAAAAAGAGACUAAAAAACGUCAGGUAGAACUUUUAAGAGGAGCAAAAAACACAAUUUUUGGAAAAAUGCUGGGAUAACAAAACAAGAAAAGUGUAUAAAAUCUUUUGCUUUCAUUCCAAAUCUAUAAUCACCCGGUUUAUUUCGAACUAAGUGACGAUUGAUUUAUCUCAAACUAUCGAACACACAGCGGAUGAAAAUAUCUGAAAUUCCCAACUGGCCCUCGCUGAUGUAGAAUGUAUUUUUUCUUUUUUAUAUAAAAUCACCAAAAUAACAGAAGAUUUUACAAUAUACACUUAUGCAUCUUUCAAGGAAUCCAAUGCUUUUUUCAUCAUUGUAUAAAAUCUGUAUCUUGAUUGAGCACUUUUUAGAAUUGAACGAAAUAUGAUUCGAUUAACCUACUAGGGAUACUUGCUGUGCAAAAAUACUAUCUUUAUUAAUUAUUUUGUUUUAUUAAAAUGUGACAGAUCAUUUACAAAUAAGAGAAAUUUUAAAAAUAAAAAAUUUCAUCCCCUGCAUUCAAUUUUUUUUUAAAGUUUUCAAUAAAAGCAUCGGACUGAGAUUUCAUUUUAAAUCCCACUUCCUUAUGCAUGAUUCAGAAAAGAAAACUUCAGGUUUUUUUCCUUUCGUAUAAUAUGAAAGAAAGAAAAUAUGCAGAUAGAAAGAUUUCUUAAAAUAUUUCUUUGAUUAAGUUUUACAACCUUUUAAAUAAUUACUAAAUUCUUGUAAUCAUUCCAAAAAAGGAAUGAAUUUAUUUCAUCCAUUUAAAAACAAAUCAAUUCAAUAUUAAGGUAAUUAUUCCAAAAAUGUGUUGAAAUUAUUUCGAAACAAGAUUUCAGUUUAUGCGGAAAAGUAACUCGAAUGUCACUAGAAACAACAAAAUUCACUAACAGGCAUUGCGAAUCGAGGAAACAAGUAAGCAUAACAUCGAAUCGGAUAAAGUGAUGAUCGUUGAGGGACGUGGGUGAAUCGGUGUAUCUAAGUAAAGAAUAAAAAGAAGUUUGUACAAUUCUGGUACAAGCAGAAGCUCGCUUGCACGCACAAUCGCUCUUAUUUAUGAACCUUCGAAAACCGGAAGUGUCAAAUGAAGUAUGCGUUUUUUUUUCAAUGUACAUUAUUUAUUUUUAACAAGAUAUCAAAAUGUUCAAAUCAAAAGUUCAUUUUUGCUUCUUUAUUUUUCUUUCUUUUGAAGCUCCCUGUGUAUUUUGUUCAUUUAAUGUCAUUUAUUUUCUUCA